GUGCCCGCGGGACCUUCGGGGCCGGGACCUCCGAGGAGGAGGCUGAGCAGGUGCUGAGCGCCGCUUACGAAUUGGGGGUGACGCUUUUCGACGCGGCCGAAGCCUCGGCCAGGGUGGAGAAGAUGCUCGGGAGGAUCCUGAGGAGCAAAGGAUGGAGACGCUCCAGUUACGUCAUCACCACGCGCGUCCACUGGGGGGCGCCACCCGACCGGGGCCUCUCCAGGAAGCACCUGCUGGAAGGUCUCCGGGGGUCCCUGCUCCGCCUCCAGCUCGAUUACGUCGACGUCGUCUUCGCCGGACCCCGCCCAGGCCCCGCCCACAAUGAGGGAAUGGACCCGACCCUGCGGCUGCUGCGGCUGGAAGAGUUGGUUCGUGCCAUGAGUGACGUCAUCGAGCAGGGCCUGGCGCUGUAUUGGGGCACGGCCGGGGGCGCCCCCGGUGACGUCAUGGACACUUUCGCCGUUGCCCGCCAGCUGAACCUGGUGGCCCCCGUGUGCCAGUGGGCGGAGCUUCCGCCGGAGCCCCGCCUCUUCCGCCACCUCGGUCUGGGCGCUGUCACCUGGUCCCCGCUGGCCCCCGGGCCCCCCCUGGAUGAGGAGACCCCCGGAAACGCCCCGGCCAAGGGCCGGCCCCGCUGCCCGGUGGCUCCGGGGGAGCUGCAGACGCUGGCCCAGAAGUUGGGGUGCUCCGAGAGACAGCUGGGCAUCGCCUGGUCCCUGCGGCUCGAGGGCGUCAGCUCCGUCCUGGUGGGGGCCGAGACCCCCCGGGGGCUUCGGGAGCAAAUCCAGGCCCUGCAGGUGCUGCCCCGCCUCGGCCCCGCGGCGCUGCGCGAGCUCCAGCCCCUGCUGGGGGGCGGGGCGGCCCCGUCCUGACCCCGCCCCUUCCGCCGCCUCCCAUUGGCUGCUCCCGCAUGGCCCCGCCCCCCGCGCGGAACCUUUGACUGACAGCAAUAACCCCGCCCCUAAAAAAGGGGGGCGGGGCCAAUCAAAGCACAAACCCCGCCCCCUUUCUCAUAACCCUGACCAAUCGCAGCGCUUCCAGCGGGGGGCGGGGCCGGAUAGGCCACGCCC